CUAAUUUUGACACUUUGACAUUAGAAAAUUUGCGGGUCGCCAUAUCGGAAAAAUUUACUUAUUCUUGAUGCAUAGUAUUUUGCUGGAAAUUUUUUGCUGUUUGCUUCAUAAAUAGUGUAGAAGUUUGCCCAGAAAGGUGAACAAUUUAGGGAAAAUGAAGAAAAUCACGGAACAAAAACUGCAGGCAUUCACCGUCGGAACGAUGGGAAAGCGACAACUAAGCAGGAAGGAAUUGGAGGAGCAGAAAAAACGGGAGGACGAAGCGGCAGCCGCACACGCGUUCAAAGAGUUUGUUGAGACAUUUCAAGAAGCUCCCUCCAAGAUUUCCAAAGUAUGGGUGAAAGCUGGAACGUACGAUGCUGGCUCUAGAAAGGAAGAUGUUCGCGAUAAAGGUAAACUGUAUAAGCCAGCAUCGAAGUUGGACAUCGAGCAGGAACGCGCAAAUGAGUAUGUCAAAAUGUUGGCUAAUGAAAGCAAGAAGGAUCAAUUGCUGGCAAAGAAGAAAUCUCAGGAGAAGAAAAAAAGCAAUCUUGAACUGUUCAAAGAGGAACUACGGCAGAUUCAGGAGGAACGUGAGGAGCGACACAAGUACAAACAUAUGGCUAAAACCAUGCUGACGACCACGCUGGAUCAAGAGCCUGUCUAUAACGAAAAGGAGUCCGGCUCAUUUGACAAUGGCGAUCCGAACACGACCAAUCUGUAUUUAGGGAAUCUAAAUCCGAAGAUUUCUGAACAGGCGCUAAUGGAACUGUUCGGUAAGUACGGUCCAUUGGCAAGUAUCAAGAUUAUGUGGCCCCGAUCUGAGGAGGAGAGAGCUCGAGGUCGGAACUGUGGUUUUGUUGCUUACAUGAGCCGUCGUGAUGCCGAACGAGCAUUGCGUGCUUUGAACGGCAAAGAUGUGAUGAAUUAUGAGAUGAAACUUGGUUGGGGAAAAUCGGUUCCCAUCAUGACACAUCCCAUUUACAUUCCACCAAAAUUGGUAACCUAUACCUUGCCUCCUCCACCGUCGGGACUUCCUUUCAACGCUCAGCCACAUCCAUCCGAUUUGGACAACAUUCCGAAGAUGACCUCAAAGAUGUACAUGAGUGAUCCGGAGUGUAAGGAGCAGAUGGACAACGUGUUGUAUAAAUCGAUCGUAAAAGUUGUGAUUCCUCCUGAGCGUCCCAUGCUGAUGUUGAUCCAUCGUAUGGUGGAGUUUGUCAUCCGGGAGGGACCCAUGUUCGAGGCUUUGAUCAUGACACGCGAAAUGGACAAUGCGAUGUACAAAUUCCUAUUCGAGAAUGAGAGUCCGGCCCACAUCUACUAUCGCUGGAAAUUGUUCUCACUGCUUCAAGGGGACACUGCGGCUGAAUGGCGCACGAAAGAAUUUCGGAUGUUCAAAGGGGGUUCGAUUUGGAAACCACCUCCAAUCAAUUUCUAUACUCAAGGCAUGCCGGAUGAGCUACUGGUUGAUGAAGAGGGAAUCGAUGGAAAUAAGGGAAAUCUUUCCGUAGCUCAACGAGAUCGCUUAGAAGAUCUGAUACGCCACCUGACACCAGAGCGACAGAAGAUUGCCGAUGCAAUGAUUUUCUGUAUUGAGCAUGCAGACGCAGCGGAGGAAAUUUGCGAAUGCAUCGCCGAAUCAUUGGCCAGCACCGAAACACUGGUAAAGAAGAAGGUUGCCCGCAUUUAUUUGAUAUCGGAUAUUUUGCACAACUGUAGCGUGAAAGUACAGAACGCGAGCUUCUUCAGAAAAGCCUUGGAGAAAAACCUGAUGGAUAUUUUUAAAAAUCUCAACAGCUAUCACAUGCAGCUGGAAAGCCGCUUGAAGGCGGAGGGGUUUAAAACUCGGGUGAUGAAUGUCUUCAAAGCAUGGGAAGAAUGGGCCGUUUAUCCGAGAGAUUUUCUUACAAAGCUGCAGCAUACGUUUCUGGGAAUUCAAAUAGUAAGGAUGCAGCUAAGUUAUGGUAACAAAGUUGUUCGGGCUCAUUAUUUUUAUUCACAGGUUGAAAAGAAAGAGGAAGAAGAACCUGAGGAUGAAAAUGAAGACGAAGACCUCGAUGGCAUUCCACUGGACGGAGCCGCAUUGCUGAAAAGUGCCAUGCUGAAAGGAAUGACAGAUACGGAUACUAGAACACCAGUGCUAAAGCAUGAUAUUUACAGCGAUGAAGAUGACAUCGAUGGGAUGCCUUUGGACGAAGAUAUAGACGGUGUUCCUCUAGAACCUGGCACACUGGUAGCUGAUUUUGAUGGAGAAAACGGUAAAGCAAAGUCCGGCGGUUCGUUUAUUCCAUCUAAGUGGGAAACGGUGGACGCAUCGCAAAUUGAAGCGCAAGCAAUUACGACUAGCAAGUGGGAAACACUAGAACCAGUGGCCCCGGAGCCGCCCUCUAUUUCUAUGCGAGAUGGCUCCGAUGAUGAACAAGGAAACAGUAAGAACGAUCAAGAUGAGGCUCGUCGGUUGCGUCUACGUGAGAUUGAGGUCAAAAUCGUUCAGUACCAGGAUGAGUUUGAAUCAGGGGCACGGCAGGUGCGUGUAGGAUGGACACUAGCCGAAGAAAUCGCCCACUAUAGACGAAAGUUGAUUAAGAAAACAGAGAAAGAACUUCGCCAACAGCAAUACCAACUUCAGCAGCAACAGCAACAGCUUCUACAGCCAGAAUCGCAGGAAGACACGGACGACGAUACAGACGACUACGAAGAUCGAAGUUCGUACUCUAAAAAAGCAUCUAAACGUAGUCCGAGCCUCGAGCUAUCACGCAAACGCAAAAAGAGUCGGCGAUCACCUUCGUCUGAUUAUGCACGGGAAGCCACCUCGAAAUCUUCGCAACGAUCCCGUUCGCCGCUAUAUGCUAUCAGCAGUAGUCGUAGCAAACGUGAAUCCAUAUCUCCGUCUCGCACCGGUAAAACGUCUCGACAUCGGGCAUCACGUAGCGCUUCCCGAUCUCCCACUAGACGACAUCACGCUGAGCGUUCCCUAUCGCCUGCCACCCGUAGCAAAUAUGAUCUGCUGGAAUCGCCUGCUCGCGUUGCGAGUUCCAGCGCUGCCAAGUACGAUAAAUACGAAAGUACGGGCUCAAAGUAUGACAAGUACGAAUCAUCCAAGUAUGACUCGCGGCUCUAUGAAGAAAGAUCCAGUAGCAAGUACGACAAAUACGAGAAAUACGAUAGCUCCAGUAAGCAUGACCGGGAAAGAGAGCGCGAAAGAGAUAGAGAAAAGGAGCGUGAUCGUGAAUUACGAGACAGAGAACGAGAACGUUUGUAUGUUGGAAGCGGAAGCAGCAGUAGCAAGUACGAGGUCGUUAGUUCAAAAUACGACGAUGCGGAAAGCAGAAGAUAUCGGUCUCCUUCACCGACAAGAUCGAGCAGGGAAGCGUAUCGUUACGCCACCAGUUCGCGGUCGGAAAAGCAUAAGAAGCACAAAUAUUAAUCGUAGUUUUAACUUGGUGAAAGAGUAAGUACUUCGAACUUUCAAAAACAAACAUCUUCUAGAGAUUAGUUGCUUGACUUGAAGGUCCCGAUCGUUGAACAUCAUUCAUCGAUGUUAUAGCAUGGGAUUUGUACAAUCGCAGAGAAGAUUGUUAGAAUGGAUGCAUUUUAAAUUUGACCUCUGCAAACAGAUUACGAUGAUACAUAUAAAUCCCUGUGCAUGCUAAUGUUACUUGGGUAACAUUGCCGAAACCAAUAAAGCAUAAGUUUGUAGCUGA